AUGCCUUCUCUAGCUGCCAUCAGGUUCAACGCAUGGAAGCAAAGACCUCGAUUUGCAUGUGAUCAUCAACUUUUUCUAACUCUCUGCAAAGUUGUGGGUAUUUCUGGAUUAGUCCUCUACUUGCUCUACCUAUCAUUGUUUUUAAACCAUUCCAAUAGCGGUUCAACUUCUGAGUUAAUCCUCUCACCCACAGAAUCUGACUACAGCACAAACAUUAGCCACCUUGUGUUUGGACUUGUAAGCUCCGUCAAGACAUGGAAGGAGAGGAGGCCUUACGUAGAAGCGUGGUGGCAGCCUAACUCGAUGCGCGGCUAUCUCAUUCUCGACGAACCUCCUCCGCAGGAGCUCCUUCCUUGGCCUUCAACCUCUCCUCCCUUUCGAGUCUCCCUUAACUACUCUAAACUAGAACAAGAAUCAAAGCACGUCGCCCCUAACAUGAUUCGGAUGGUUAUGGCGAUUCAGGAGACAUUCAGAGUGGGGGAUGAAGGGGUGAAAUGGUAUGUCAUGGCGUUCGACGAUUCUAUCCUUUUUGUCGACAAUUGGGUUGAUGUUCUUGGGAAAUAUGACCAUAACGACUACACGUAUAUUGGAGGACAAUCCGAGACUAUUCUUUCAAACAUGUUUUUCUCCUUUGAUCAAGGUUUUGGGGGAGCAGGAAUAGCUUUGAGUUAUCCUUUAGCAGCGGCAAUGGCGAAGGACUUGGAAGGCUGUAUCAAGAGAUACCCCUACGCGCAUUCUGCUGAUUUUAUCGUACAGUUUUGUGUAGAUGAGUUUGGAAUUUCUCUUACUCCUGAGAAAGGUAUUCAUCAGAUCGACUUGAGGGGUGAUAUAUCAGGAUUCUUAUCAGCCCAUCCACAAGCUCGUUUGUUGUCCCUCCACCACUUUGACUAUGUGGAUCCUAUUUUUCCCUCCAUGGACCCCAUCCAAUCCACCUUUCAUCUCAUGAGGGCUGAAAAAGUUGAUCAUUCUCGGCUUCUACAACAAACUAUAUGUUAUGACAAGACAAGAAAUUGGUCUUUCUCAAUAUCAUGGGGAUAUUCUGUUCAUAUAUACGAGCAAAUUUACUCACGCACUAUGCUCAAGAGGCCCCUCGAGACCUUCAAGCCGUGGGUGGAGAAGGCCGUGCCACCUAUGUUCAUGUUCAACACAAGGUGGCCUUGUGAGACCCCUAACGUUUUCUUUUUCGACUCCAUUGAAAAGGCAUCCAACGACUGGAUUCUUACCACCUACGUUCGAUCAUCAUCACCGCAAUACCCACAUUGCCCAUGGAGUGGGAAUCACUUUGCACUUCACAUUUCCAAGAUUCACGUCUUCUCUUUUACAGAAAAAUUAAGUCAGGUUGGAAGAAGUGAAUGCUGUGACGUUACUGUACACGACGCAGGCAAGAACAUCGCAGAGGUCAAAUUGAGGACUUGCAAAGAUGAUGAGAUAAUUGCUUAA